AUGAGGUGGCGUUGCUCUCGAAAACUUGCUGUGCUGGCCAAGGCUGGCUUCCUGCUCUGGGUGCUAUGGCUGGGCUACGUUCUGCUGGCGCGCUCCUCUUUCCACUCCUCUUCCUCUCCGGAGGAGGAAGGCGAGGACCACAACCUCGUGGCGAGACAGCUCUCCGCUCAGGAGGCCGAGACGGUCGAGCAGCUGGCGAGGCCGCUCUACGUGAAGCCGCCACCGGACCACAACGCGCCGGGCGAGAUGGGUCGGGCCACUCACCUCAACCUCAGCCCCGAGGAGAAGAAACAGGAGGAGGACAGCGUGGAGCGCUACGCUAUCAACAUUUAUACCAGUGAUAAGAUUUCCCUUCAUCGGCACAUCCAAGACCACAGGAUGAACGAGUGCCGCAGUAAGAAGUUUGAAUACCGCCGUUUACCCACCACCUCUGUGAUCAUCGCCUUCUACAACGAGGCCUGGUCCACCCUGCUGAGGACGGUCCACAGUGUCCUGGAGACCACGCCGGCCGUUCUGUUGAAGGAGGUCAUCCUCAUUGAUGACUACAGUGACCGAGGCUACCUGAAAUCCAAACUGGAGGACUACUUCAGUAAUCUGGAACGCGUGCGGCUGAUCCGCACCAACAAAAGGGAGGGGCUGGUCCGGGCGCGUCUCAUUGGGGCCACCUACGCCACGGGGGACGUUCUGACCUUUCUGGAUUGCCACUGCGAGUGUGUCCCCGGUUGGAUCGAGCCUCUGCUGGAAAGGAUUGGUGAGAACGCCAGUACCAUCGUGUGCCCCGUGAUCGACACCAUUGACUGGAACACCUUUGAGUAUUACAUGCAAACAGAUGAGCCGAUGAUCGGAGGCUUUGACUGGAGACUCACCUUCCAGUGGCACCCGGUUCCAGAAGUGGAACGCAGGAGGCGCAAGUCUCGCAUCGACCCCAUCAGGUCGCCCACGAUGGCAGGUGGUCUGUUUGCAGUGAGCAAAGCCUACUUUGAGCAUCUAGGCACAUAUGACAUGGGCAUGGAGGUGUGGGGAGGAGAAAACCUGGAGCUCUCCUUCAGGGUGUGGCAGUGCGGCGGCAGUCUGGAGAUUCACCCCUGCUCCCAUGUGGGCCAUGUGUUUCCUAAAAAGGCCCCCUAUGCACGGCCCAACUUCCUCCAAAAUACCGUACGAGCCGCAGAGGUUUGGAUGGACUCUUAUAAACAACACUUCUACAACAGGAAUCCUCCAGCCAAAAGGGAGACCUAUGGGGAUAUCUCAGAGCGGCUACUGCUGAGGGAGAGGCUGAAAUGCAACAGCUUUCAAUGGUAUCUGGAGAAUAUCUACCCGGAACUCCACGUACCUGAGGACAAGGAGGACUGGCAUGGGGCUGUACGAAGCGUGGGAGUAAACUCUGACUGCCUGGACUACAACUCCCCCGAGCACAAUCCCACAGGUGCCCACCUUUCUCUGUUCGGCUGCCACGGGCAGGGGGGCAACCAGUACUUUGAGUACACGACUCGGAAGGAGAUCCGCUUCAACUCGGUGACAGAGCUGUGUGCUGAGGUGACUGAGGGACAGACCGCCAUCAGUAUGAGGCACUGCCCCGGUGAUGGGGAGAUCAAACCUCCCAGUAUCACCUGGGACUUCAGAGCGGACGGGACCAUCUACCACCGCCAAUCGGACAUGUGCGUGACCGCCUACCGCGCACCGGGGGGGCGCACGGACACCCAGAUGAGGCGGUGCACCGCAGGAGACAAGAACCAGCAGUGGAAGUUUGAGUGGUAGGAGGAGGAGGAAGGCAGAAAGUAGCAUGGAACCCCCAAGUGACCUUCGUUUACCACAGUGCAAUUACUACAGAGGAGGUCUUCCAGCGAGGGUGGCGGGGAAAUGACAGGUGGUGUUACAGUCACUUUAAGCCAAUGAAUUUCCCAAUUCAGAGCUUUUUAUUAUUAUUUUUUUUACCGGUUCGAAUGACAGAAUAAGGGAGGAAUGAAUGAGGUUUGUUUGGCGGAACCACAGACUUUCAUGUUCAUCGAAGUGCCUCUGCAACCAAAAUCGAGUCGAGGGCCCAAAGUGCCGCCAUUGUCUCCGGUGUGACAAUUAUUAUUAUUUUUUUUACCGGCCAGCACAUCAAGAAGUGCCUUUCACGGAGUAACAAAAGCGUUUGCUAGAAAACGUCAUGCAAGAACCUGCCGCACAACAGGAUGUGACUUUGAUGUGCAAUUAAGAUUGUUGUUUGUUUGUUUGUUUGUUUGUGAAGUUGUCGAGGGGGGAAAAAAACGUUUUAAAGAAGGGCAGCUCAAAAAAAGACAGGAAUGUUGGGUCAGCAGCGCCUUGACACAAACCAGCUACUUCCUCACACGCUUCGUCAUGUGAGGGUCUGCGCUGCGGUCAUACGAGACUGCUCAAUUCCAGCCGGUUUCAUGGUAGAACGCGGCCCGUAUAAGACCCGAAGCCUUUCCACUAAGUGCAAUUUGCCCCAGAGGGCCUGGUGAGUUGACAAGAAUAUUCUCAUCGAUUUUUCUUUCUUUCCCUGUUGUGUGAAAUGAAGAAUACCCUCUAAGCUCACCUGACGCUGUGCCUUGAAAGGUCGUCACUCUAAAAGAACAGGUUUUCUUUUUACCCAAGAGGAAAUGCGCCUGAUAAUGUCAAGUGCAUGUAGAAAUAUAUUUUAGAGUGCUAAGAACUAAAACGACACUGGCUUGAUGCAAUUGAUUUUACUCACAGACAGAAACCCGCCGUUUCUAACGAGAUCGCUUAACUUGGCAGUAACAGGCUGUUUUGUUAGGCCUCCUGUCUGUAAACCGUACUUGAAGCAGCAUCCAUAACGCGCUACUCUUUUGGUUUUCCACUGAAGACCGUUAUUUUUUCUUUUGUACCGGGAUUCAAUGACGGAGAGAUGUGUCGUAGCUGUUGCUGAAACGCUUGUUGAGUAGCAGCUGAAUUCGCCGAGGACUGCCUGAUCGCUGAGGAGUGUUUGGCGUCUGUGGUCCUUUUUGAAAUCAUGAAAAGAGAUAUUCAUACUAGUCGAUGCAUACACGUAACAUGACGCCAGUUUCGUGUUAGCUUUUGUAAAUAAUGUUUAUUUUAAGGGACCAAAGUGGGACAGUGGUGUCGGAAAGCACCUUUUUUAAAACUACUGAUAAUGCAAAAAGGGAGGGUGAUGAUGAUGAUGGUGAUGAUGAUUUUUAAGGCUGACUGAAAUGGGACGGCUGUUUUCAAUGAUGAUAAAAGCUGUCGGGAUGAUUGCAAGAAUAAAAAAAUCUAACCACA